UGCUUUGCGGUCCGCUCACUCCGCGCGCGGCGGGGAGAGUUGGGUCCCAGCCAUGGCUGCGGGGAACCCCUGGGACCCGGCCUCCGCGCCAAACGCUGCCGGGCUACUGCUGGACCAUUUCGUGGCUUCAGGGAUGGUCACUCAGGAGAUGUUAAAUAUAUCUAAGAAAUCAGCUUCUUGCUUUGUGAACUUCUCCAGACUACAGCAGAUCACAAAUAUUCAAGCUGAAAUCUACCAGACAAACCUGGAAAUUGAACUCCUAAGACUAGAAAAAGAUACAGCAGAUGUUGUUCAUCCUUCCUUUUUGGCUCAGAAGUGUCAUACUCUGCAAAGCAUGAAUAAUCAUUUGGAAGCGGUGCUAAAAGAGAAGAGGUCCCUCAGGCAGAGACUGUUGAAACCCAUGUGCCAGGAAAACUUGCCUAUUGAAGCUGUUUAUCACAGACAUAUGGUACAUUUGUUGGAGUUGGCAGUGACUUUCAUUGAGGGAUUAGAAAACCAUCUUGAAACACUUAGAAAUAUCCCUCAUGUAGAUGCAAAUCUAAAGGAAAUGAGCAAGGCUUUAGCAAAGAUGGAUAUUUUGGUGACUGAGACAGAAGAACUGGCUGAGAAUAUACUCAUGUGGCAAGAACACCAAAAGGAAGUUUCCUCUUGUAUCCCCGAAAUAUUAGCUGAAGAAAAUUAUCUUUGUUAACAUGAUGUUAUGAUACCUCCUUUACCUUUUACUUCUAAAAUUCAGUUAUAAACUGUUAAUGCCAAGUGAUUAUCAGCUGUUUAUUUUUGCUUAAUUAUAUGUAGUCACGCGAAGUCCAUUUCCAUCCAAUCGUAACAUGAGUGUUUAUAGGCUUUGUUGCCAGCAGUACUGAAAGAGCCCUCUUUAUAUUAAAGCACUAAGAUUCCAAGUUCAUUAAGACCAAACUGAAUUUUCCUUUGUUUUUCAUAUAUUUUCAUUCCACUUUUCAAUAAAACUCAUGAAGAUCAA